GCUUCAGGACAGCAAUCCUCCAGAGACAGUCACAUCCUCGCUCUCCUGCACGGAUAUUACAACCUCUGUUUCUGCAGUCCGCGCAAAGCAUGGCAGUACGAGUCCCCUCGAUCUCCCUCUGACAUGAUGACGCUCCACAAAGAGGAUUUUGUUGAGGAAUGCCGCUCCGCGAAGCGCUCGGAAUGGGACGCGCUCGCUGUCAUUCGCGCGUCUGGCUUCCAGCUGGUCAAAGUGAAGCGAAUAAAGUCCUGAAGAGAAUGGCCGUCUACAGAGCGUCCUCAAAGGGAUGGCAACUUUUAGCAACUCGCCCCUGGAUCUCCGGAGACUCUUGCAAAAACUAGUCAUCAUGUUUUCCUUCAGCAUCAUCUGCGUCUCGAUCCUCUACGUUCUGCUGGGAUGCUGCGAGCCGGACUUAGUGGACAGUUCGCAGAACUCCCCUCUGGGAUGGUACAAUAAGACCGUGCUGAGAGAGACAUUGACGGCUCCUCGCUAUGUAGCUGAUGAUAUCGUGGAUGGAAACAGCUCAGGGAAGGACUGGACCGCGAGCCGACGCCUCCCAGACGCGCUCAUCAUCGGAGUAAAGAAGGGAGGCACGCGCGCGCUCCUGGAGUUCCUGAGGCUUCAUCCGGACGUCCGCGCGCUCGGCUCCGAGCCACACUUCUUUGACAGGCACUACAUGCGCGGACUCGGCUGGUACAGGAGCAUGAUGCCUAAAGCCCUGAACGGGCAAAUUGUAAUGGAGAAAACGCCCAGAUACUUCAUCUCCCCAGAGACGCCGGGCCGCAUCCACGCCAUGUCACGCCACAUCAAGCUGAUCGUGGUGGUGCGAGACCCCAUCACCCGCGCCAUUUCAGACUACACCCAGAUCAUCUCCAAGACGCCCCACAUCCCCAGCUUCGAGAGCCUGACGUUCAAGAACCGGUCCACGGGACAGAUCGACUCUCUCUGGAGCCCGCUGUACAUCGGCCUGUACGCCAGACACCUGGAGCGAUGGCUGGCCUACUUUCCGCUCUCGCAGAUCCAUUUUGUCCACGGUGAGAGGCUGAUAAGCGACCCGGCGGGCGAGUUGGGUCGCGUACAGGACUUCCUCGGCCUGCAGAGGAUCAUCACAGAUAAACACUUCUACUUCAACAAGACCAAGGGCUUCCCUUGCCUCAAAAAGCCAGAAGGCAGUAGCAAACCCCACUGUCUGGGCAAAACCAAAGGCAGAACGCAUCCUAAAAUCGACCCGGAGGUCAUUCAGAAACUGAGGGGAUUCUACCAGCCUCACAACCUCAAGUUCUACCAGAUGGCAGGCAUGGACUUCGGAUGGCAAUGACCUUUUCUGACCAUUAACACUCAACGGCUCCAUACCGAGGCUGAAGAUUAAACAGAGUUGGUCUAACACGUGAUCGAAGUGAAAAACGAUAUCAUAAGAUGGUCAAUGUCUCCGUAGCUGUUCCAAUCAAUGCGUCUGCCAGAUGAAUAGAGGUCUGCGCACUUCAGGUUACAAUAGUCUUUUCAUACCGUCGCUGGAACUGAUAGAAACGACCUUAAAUCAUGGGUUUAAGUAGCACUUUUCUGCUCUUGCCAUUUUGAUGUCUUUUUUAAUGUUGCUUAGUCAAGCUUCAAUCCUGUUUGUGCGAUCCUUCAUGUCAGAAAGAGUCUGGAUUUGAAAUAAACUGUGUAGCGUAGACGUAUUUGUCAUCGUUGCAGUAUUUACACAGAACAGAACGAGACAUUGUAGCGCAUCAGUGUGGGCUGGUCUACAAACUCAAACUGGUUUUGAUUGUCUGCUGUAAUUGGUUCAAAUGUAGACGAUAUGCAGAUGAGGCCGGUCCUUUUGAAUGAUCUCUGUGCAUGCAUGGAUUUGAACUAGUCUGAAAUGCAGCCCACUAGAAAGCCAAUCAGUUAUUUUAAGUUCCUGUGUAGUUGUUUUUGCUCCGUUUAAAUCCUCAAAAUUGGUAAAAUGUAAUAUGUUAAUGCAAAACAAUAUAUUUCUCUAAUGUAUCACAUAAUUCGGAAAUAAAAUGAUUAAUUGCAUCACAUCAACACAUUCCCUCAUGGUGCUAACGGCUAAUAAAAGUGCAAAAGAUUAACUACCAUUCAAAAUUUUGGAGAGUUUUCAAAAGGCGGCUCUUCUGCUCACCAAGAGAGAAUUCAUUUGAAGGAUGCUUUGAUGAAUAGAAAGUUUAAAAGAACUUCUCUGUACUGUUUAAACAGCCUGUAGGUAAAUUAUUUUACAUAACUAUGAUAGUUUCAUCCAAUGGUGAAUCAAUAUGCACUAUGUUACUACCAGUAAAUUAAACACUACUCACCAUCAGUGCGAGUUCUGGUGCAGAAUGGCUUUGUACACCCAGUUUUUAAGCAACCCUUAGCAAAGACCUGUCUAGUUCAUCUCUUCCUCAUGACUUGUUAUAGAAUGAACAUCAGAAGACGUCAAUACACACCAUUUUUCAA